AUGUCUUCUGCAUCUUCACAAGACUUCUACAGUCCAAGACCGUGACCAUGGCCCGCCUCUUUGUUGCCUGCGUACUCGCCGUGUCCGUGGCCUCCGUGGCCUCCUUCCAGCAGAGUGUGCAGUGGGGAGGAAUGGGAGGAGGCUUUGGCCCAAGCAGUGGUGGCUUCGGCAGUGGUGGUGGCUUCGGCAGUGGCGGCUUUGGCAGUGGCGGCUUUGGCAGUGGCGGCCUCGGCAGUGGUGGCUACGGUUCCGGCUCCGGCAGUGGUGGCUACGGUUCCGGCUCUGGCAGUGGCAGCUUCGGCAGUGGCGGCUACGGUUCCGGCUUUGGCAGUGGCGGCUCUGGCAGUAGCGGCUUCGGCAGUGUCGGCGGCGGCCUCGGCUCACAGGGCUACGGAAGCAGUGGAUUAUACGGAUCAUCAUCAGGACCCUCUUUCAGUGGACUUGGAGGGGGUUCCGGCGGCAUGGGUGGCGGCAUGGGUGGCGGUAUGGGUGGCGGUAUGGGAGGCGGUAUGGGUGGCGGCUAUGGAGGUUUGGGCGGCCAGAACCAGCAACAGCGAUCUGUCUGGUGAACACCGUGAAGAAAAAGAAGAAGAGAAACACGGCCGAGACGCCUACUGCGGCAUAAUAAAGCAACUUUGGCCUCAGGCCGAGAGAAGUGCAA